GAUCAACAGAUCGACAGAAGCACAGGGCAAACUGCCUGCCAUGCUGUCCGCAUCAAGGGCAGUUGCCCCCUCCCUAGCCCAGCCAGCCCUCCUGCAGCCGCUGGUGGGACGGUUAUCGGUGGCGUGCCGCGCCGGCAGCAGCAGCAGCAGCAAGGCAGCCGGCGAGGGGCGGCGAGCCGCCAGUUCCGUCCAAGCGGCAGCGGCUCCGCCGGCUGAUGCGGAGCCGCCGAUAGUCAGCCCCACGCAGCGCACCAAGCUGCUGCGGCGCGGCGCGCGGCAGAAGGGCUCGCUGCUAGUGGAUCUGUCCAACACGCGGCAGGCCGAGGCGCAGCCGCUGCUGGGCAUCCUGGAAGGAAAGUUUAGGGUGGCGCCAGAGGAGGUGGCGGCGCUGCAGGCGCAGCACGGCGUGGGUGAGGAGGAGCUGCUGGCCCGCCUGAUUGGUCCCGCCGCCGAGCUGGCGAGGCCCCCAAUCUCCUCCUUCCACGUCGGCGCGGUGGGCCUAGGGUCCAGCGGCGCGCUGUACGUGGGUGUCAACCUGGAGUUUGUCCGCCUGCCCCUGUACAACUCGGUGCACGCGGAGCAGUUCCUGCUCGUCAACGCGCUGCACCACGGCGAGCGGGAGAUACGGCGGCUGGCGGUGUCGGCGGCGCCCUGCGGCCACUGUCGCCAGUUCUACUCCGAGCUGGCCUGCGCGCCUGAUGUCAACAUCCUGCUCCCCGCCCCCCGGCCAGCAGUCUUCCAGGGCGGCACCUACUCGCUGGGCCAGCUGCUGCCCAUGCGGUUCAAGCCCGCAGACCUGCUGCCCGACCCCGCCACGCCGCUGCUGCUGCAGCCGCAGGACAACGGCGUGCAGCUGACGGCGGCGGCGCGCGAGCUGCUGCACGCGCGGGCCGGCGAUGCCGCCUUUGAGCGGGCCGCCGCAGAGGCGCUGGCCGAGGCGGUGGGCAGCUACUCGCCGUACAGCCGGUGCCCCGCGGGGCUGGCCAUUGUGACCCAGGGGGGCGGCGUGUACAGCGGAGGGUACGUGGAAAGCGCGGCGUACAACCCCAGCCUGCCGCCGCUGCAGACGGCCAUCGUGGAUGCCGUCAUAGACGGCAUGCCCUGCUACACCGCGGUGGAUGAGGUGGUGCUUGUGGAGCUGGCUGACGGGCAGGUGCAGCACGCGCCCACCACCCGCGUCAUACUGGAGCAGAUUGCGCCGCAAGCCAGGCUCACGGUGCUGCCGGCGGAGUGGGUGGCGGCCAGCUAGCAGAGGGCAGCAGCGGCCUGAGACCCCUUGUACUCUAAACAUCUUCGGGCGUGGCCUGCACACCGCAUUUCUUUUCCUGUCACCCCAGUACAUUCCUGCUCACUGAUUGUACAUUUGAUUGGCCUG